AUGAUAAUCGUGUUUCUUAGUGAACUAUCCACCGCCUUUGAGAUUGCUGGGCCCUCUACAAAGCCGGAAGAGGCCAUUCAGCGUUACCUUGAACUUUAUCGGGAGAGCAGUUUAGCGAAUGUUCUAUCGACUCAUCAACAGCAGAAGAAACUUAAUAUUAUCGCCGAUGAUAUCUUAUCCAAUUUCCUGGAUUCGACAGCUUACGCCUGCCCUCCUCUUAGGAGCUUCCUUCGAGAAAUACUAUCUGGUAUUGUUCUUGAAUCCACCAUAUCCAAUCUGUCCAGGCCUGAGACUAUAAACAGUUGGAUAAUUUAUUUGCUUAGCGAAGGCGAGUCGGGAAUAAUGAGCGCAAUCGAUGCUGGUGUUGAAGGUGCCCGCAACGAUGGGGUAACUACAGCGAGCCGCUGCCAUAUGGACACAUCUCUGACAACUUCGUUUGAUAGCUUUGAUUUGAAGUCGAAGUCUCCCAUUAAGGCUUACCAAGGAGGACCUGAUUAUGCAGAUAAGGCAACAGAGGAAGCCAUAACCGAAGCAAAACGUCUGAGUGCUAUGAUUGCCGCCCAAGAUCUACAAAGUCAAAGCUUUGACCAAACAACAGAAAAUAGCUCGGGGAGUCAGACUUCUCAGCAUGUUGACGGAUUUUCUCCGGGAUCUACCAUUGACGCUAUGAAGGAUAAACCUGUCCCUGAAGUACAAAGGAGAGUGGAAGUCCCUGAAGCCAAGAUGGACGGGACCCCAUCUCAAAUGAGCAUUGAGCAGGGCGCCACGAGAGAAUCUGGGUCCUCAUCGGGGCUAUCAGUGAGAUCCUCAUCAUUAGAGCAACCCUUGUUGUUGUCAUCUCCAUUAACUCUUCACCGCGCAUUUGUAUCGAUACACGAUGGUUCUGAGUCCAGUGAAGAAAUCAUAUUACGAUCGAAACCAACCUCUAGUUAUUUGCUCCAGAUUGAACCGUCCUCGGCGCCGUGUACUGGAUGGAUGGUUUUUAGAAACUAUGCGGAUUUCGAGUCUCUUCAUGAAACGCUAGAAGCUAUCUCAAGAUUAAACAAAAUCCAACAAUUUUCUGACGCCCACUCCUUACUUCCCACAUGGAAACGCUUGACGAGUCGAGCUCUUGCAAACAAUUUAGAAAGGUACCUACAGGAUGCUCUCCAAUAUGAGCCACUCGCGGAGUGCGAGAGAAUGAGACGUUUUCUUGAAAAAGAAGGACCCAUCAACCAUGAGACUAAAUCCUCGACGAAGUCUAGCUUUUUCCCGAGCCAGGCAGCACUGGAGAACGUGGGAAAGGGAGUUUUGGGUGUCUUGACCAACGCACCUAAAAGCGUCUCUGGUGGACGCAAUGCCGUUUUUAGUGGGAUGGCUGGAGUAUUUGGAGCAGGACCAAGCAAAAAUACAGUGUCUAGUUUGAUUCCGGCUAACAGUAAUACUGCACGUUUUGGCGAUUCUUUUCAAAUCCCGCCCGGAAUGUCCGGGAGCAUAGGAGAUGCAGUAGCAGGUCCCCUCCCAGUUCACCACGAGUCCCAGGAGCAUGCGCCUACGCUUCCAGAGUCUUCCUCUACAAGGCCAUCUGUCCGUGGUACUGAACAUUUGGAGGAAAGCGUGCCAAUUGACCUGGAAGGAACAACAAGCAGCGCUACAGAGAAUGCUAGUUCUGGAAAUGACUUUUCCAGCGAUUCUGAUAUGGUACUUCGUAUUCAUGGGUUGUCAGAAGCUACACAAUGUUUAGAUGAACAGUGGAGGAACGAUCUUCGGAAGGAGGAUUUCGUGGAGCAAACGACUACUUCUGGGCGAGGCCUUUCGUCUGAUAAGAACCUUUCAAUCACGCAGGAUGAGACUCGUGUUGCGGUAGAGCUUAUUUUUGCUGUUAUAAAUGAGUUAUACAUGUUGUCUUCUGCCUGGAACAUACGCCGAACCCUUCUGAAUGCAGCAAAGACCUAUAUGCUACGCCCAGGAAACCCAAAUUUAGAGACAAUCCGCGGACUUCUGCAAAAUUCAAUGCUUGAUGCUAAUACAUCGGAUCAAGCACUUGCACGAUAUAUUGUGAGACUCCGCGAAAAUGCUCUUCCAACAGAAUCAGAACUAGAGUCCUGGCCAUCGCCACCGAAUGACGCCGAAAAGGAACGUUUAAGACAGACGGCCCGAAGGAUUCUUGUACAAAAGGGGCUUCCGCAGACACUAACGGGUGUAAUGGGAGCAGCUGCCAGCCGGGAAGCGCUCGAAAAAGUGUUUGAUUGUCUUCAGGUCCAAAGCGUGGCGAAGGGGUUUGUUUUCUCCAUUGUAGUGCAGGCAUUGAAGGCUGUAACUCUCUGA